ACACAUAGAGAACUGGAAGAACUUGCAGACGCUGAACGCUGUUGACAUGGAGCUGUACACGGGACUCCAGAGGCUGACAAUCAGGAACUCAGGACUACGAAACAUCCAGCCACGCGCCUUUGCCAAGAACCCUCACCUGCACUACAUAGACCUCUCUGGGAACCGGCUCACCACUCUGUCAUGGCAACUCUUCCAGACCCUGCGACUCUUUGAACUGAGACUAGAGAGGAACCUUUUUAACUGCAGCUGCGACAUCCGCUGGAUCCAGCUCUGGCAGGAGAAGGGUGAGGCGAACCUGCAGUACCAGGACCUCUACUGCAUGAACAUGGAUGCAGCCACCAUCCCUUUGCAUGAGAUGAACAUCACCCAGUGUGACCUCCCUGAGAUCAGUGUGAGCCAUGUGAACCUGACAGUGCGGGAAGGGGAGAAUGCUGUCAUCACCUGCAACGGCUCAGGCUCACCGCUGCCUGACGUCGACUGGACGGUGGCUGAUCUCCACUCCAUCAACACACACCAGACCAACCUCAACUGGACCAAUGUUCACGCCAUCAAUUUGACCUUGGUGAAUGUCACCAGUGAGGACAAUGGAUUCCUGCUUACCUGUAUCGCCGAGAACGUGGUGGGGAUGAGCAAUGCCAGUGUACUGCUCACCGUCUACUAUCCCCCUCGCAUCCUAACUCUGGAGGAGCCGGUGCUACACUUGGAGCACUGCAUUGCAUUUGCAGUGCAUGGGAACCCAGCUCCUACCCUUCACUGGCUGCACAACGGCCAGGUCCUGCGGGAGACAGAGAUCAUCCACAUGGAGUUUUACCAACAAGGGGAAGUGUCUGAGGGCUGCCUGCUCUUCAACAAACCCACUCACUACAACAACGGCAACUACACGAUUGUGGCUACCAACCAGCUGGGCUCAGCCAACCAAACCAUUAAAGGACACUUCCUUGAAAAGCCCUUUCCAGAGAGUACGGACAACUUUGUCUCAAUCGGUGACUAUGAAGUGAGUCCCACCCCACCAAUCACUGUGACCCACAAACCGGAGGAGGACACUUUUGGGGUUUCCAUAGCGGUUGGGCUGGCAGCUUUUGCUUGUGUCCUCUUGGUCGUCCUCUUUAUUAUGAUCAACAAGUAUGGCCGGCGGUCCAAGUUCGGGAUGAAAGGUCCUGUGGCAGUGAUCAGCGGAGAGGAGGAUUCAGCCAGUCCCCUCCACCACAUCAACCACGGCAUCACGACACCCUCGUCCCUGGAUGCUGGCCCGGACACGGUGGUGAUCGGCAUGACCCGCAUUCCCGUCAUCGAGAACCCCCAGUAUUUCCGACAAGGUCACAACUGCCACAAGCCAGACACGUAUGUCCAGCAUAUUAAGAGGAGAGACAUCGUUUUGAAGAGGGAGCUGGGAGAAGGUGCCUUUGGGAAGGUGUUCUUGGCCGAGUGUUACAACCUCAGCCCCACCAACGACAAAAUGCUGGUGGCAGUGAAGGCACUGAAAGACCCCACCUUGGCAGCCCGCAAGGAUUUCCAGAGGGAGGCAGAGCUGCUCACCAACCUGCAGCACGAGCACAUCGUCAAGUUUUAUGGCGUGUGUGGUGAUGGAGACCCGCUCAUCAUGGUCUUUGAGUACAUGAAGCAUGGUGACCUGAACAAGUUCCUGAGGGCACAUGGCCCAGAUGCUAUGAUCCUUGUGGAUGGGCAGCCUCGACAAGCCAAAGGGGAGCUAGGGCUAUCCCAGAUGCUCCACAUCGCUAGCCAGAUCGCCUCUGGAAUGGUGUACCUUGCCUCCCAGCACUUUGUCCAUAGAGACCUGGCCACGAGGAACUGCUUGGUCGGAGCCAACCUGCUGGUGAAGAUUGGAGACUUUGGGAUGUCAAGAGAUGUCUACAGCACUGAUUACUACAGGGUUGGAGGACACACCAUGCUGCCUAUCCGCUGGAUGCCCCCGGAGAGCAUCAUGUACAGGAAGUUCACAACAGAGAGUGAUGUUUGGAGCUUCGGGGUGAUCCUCUGGGAGAUCUUCACGUAUGGGAAGCAGCCAUGGUUUCAGCUCUCAAACACAGAGGUCAUCGAGUGCAUUACCCAAGGCCGAGUUUUGGAAAGGCCUCGAGUCUGCCCCAAGGAAGUUUACGACAUCAUGUUGGGCUGCUGGCAGAGAGAACCUCAGCAACGGCUCAACAUCAAGGAGAUCUACAAGAUCCUUCAUGCUCUGGGCAAGGCCACACCAAUCUACCUGGACAUCCUUGGCUAGCAGUGGCCACUUGUUGGAAGUCCCUGCUCCUUCCUUCUGUCCUUCCUUUCCUUUCCCCAUGCCCAAAUCCUUUGCCCCUCAGCUCCCAAGCAAACAUCUUCAUAUAAACUCAAGUGCCUGCUACACAUACAACACUGAAAAACAAAACAAAACUAAAAGCAAACCAACAAAGAUACCACAAAACAACAACCUGUAAGGCAGUUUGGCUUAUAUAUAUUUAUAGAUAUCUCUCUAUAUAUAACUUCCACACCAAUACAGAAAGAAGCUGCUGUUACAGAAAAAUUGUAAGAAAGACUGAAAAAAAAAGAAAAAAGAAAAAAAAAAAGAGAAAAAAGUACUUAAAAAGAUAUAUA